GGCCUGUUCAAGGUCGUGGUGAAGAAGCGCGGUCCUGUUUGGAAGUCGGUUGCAAGUUCAUUUCAUCCAUCCCCUACAUUUUGGUUAGUUAACCAGUAAUUAUGGUCCUGCACUUCAAGUGUGAACUUGUUCAACCUCCGUACUUUAUUUACAUGGGAGAAGAUAAGCAUGAAAAUGAUGAACUUAUUCGUUGGGGAUGGCCAGAAGAUGUUUGGUUUCAUGUAGAUGCUCUAUCAUCUGCUCAUGUUUACCUUCGGCUUAAAGAGGGGGAAACCUUAGAUGAUGUCCCCACUGCCGUUAUACAGGACUGUGCACAACUAGUCAAGGAAAACAGUAUCCAAGGUUGCAAACUUAACGAUGUCACUGUUGUAUAUACCAAAUGGGAGAACCUGAAAAAAACCAAUGAUAUGGAUGUUGGCCAAGUAGCCUUUCACAAUAAUAAAGCAGUGCAAAAGAUCGUAGUUGAAAAACGCAAUGGAGAUGUAAUAAAACGACUAAAUAAAACAAAAGAGCAAUGCCAACAUCCUGAUUUAAGAGGUGAACGAGAGAAGCGAGAUAUCCGCAUUAAAAACAAAGAAAAAGCUGUUCUGGCUGCUAAGAAAAAGUCAGAGCUUGAGGCACAGAAAGUCCGUGCAGCAGAAGCAGAAAAAAGAUCAUACGAUCGUUUGUUUGUUGAGAGUAAAAUGAGGACAAAUGAGGAUGGCUAUGAUUCAGAUGACUUCAUGUAAAAAAUAAAUAUGAAUACCUUCCUACUUCUAAAAGUGUCUGAUCUCUUAACUUUAUUUUCUACUUAUCGGUUACUUUUUCUGAAUUGUCGAUCAUGUAAUAAAAGCCCUUUUGAUUUA